GUUGGCAAUGGAUCCACCUUCUCAUUGCCAGGAAUUGUUGAAUUUGGAAGCCUGUCAACUGGACCUGAUGCCACCAUGCUUGCUCUUCUGUGACCCGCUGCUUCCUAAGAAGGCUAUUGCAGCUGGCUACAGAUUCCUCCAGGCUCAGAUUGACUUGACUUUGGCUGCAGAGGUGAAGAGGAGAAAGAGAGAAUGAAAAUUAAGGGAAAGAAGCAUGACUGCCAGAGGAACAGGCAAGUGCUCAACAUGAUGCAAAUAAAGGGUGACCAAGAACAGUUUUCCUUUUCUCUGGGCCAUGUGGUCUCAGAUGCCAUCCUAGACUCUGGCUGGGCAGCAGCAGCUGAGACAAUUGCCUUCUGACCAUGCAUGUGUGGUGCCCUGCAAUCAGAGGCUGAGCUCAGCUUUCUUUUGCUCCCUCCCUUCACAGAUGGCUCAGAAGGUAGAACUGCCCUGCAGAUAGGCAAGAAGAGUCAGUAGGAAGGAACUUUGAUUGAUUUGGAUUCAUUUGGUGACUUCUGGUGCCGAGAGGAAGCCUAUACAGAGAGCACUCUGAUACAUACUAACUGCUUGACCAUUGGCAAGCAGUUUAAACUUGUUAUUGCCCAGGAAACUAUCCAAGACCCCAAGUCCUAAAUGAGUUGUUGAUCCACACUGGUGGAGGAAAGUUCCACAUUGGGAGUUCUACACACUUAUGAAAUCCAAGAUCCAAACAGCAGAAAUGAGUUCAAUCCAAAAUUUCACAUUGCCACCUAACACAACUUCCUUCCCUGAUGCUACUGAUGGAAUCAUAGAAGAUUGUAUCACAAUUCUGGCAGCAGGACUGGCAGCAGGCAUCCCAACUUUGGUAGCCAUGGUCCUGCUCAUAGCUUUAAUUGCGGUCUGUGCUCAGAAAAGAAGAAAGGAUGGGCAUAUUCAGGAGAAGAAAAGACCAAAUGAUUUUCCAGAUAUCUAUGACAGUUCUGAGGUAUCAUUGGAGAACCUCAGCAGCCCUGACAUGGAUGUGAAGGAAACAAUAGAGAUGGAAGAGACUCAUGUGUAUGUGAAGACCAUUACGGGGACAGAAGAGCUAGCGUAUGAUGCUUAUUUUCCUAGAACUAAAAUGGAAAAAAAACAGAGUUUGCCAAGGUGGCUCUUGCCUAAACUGGACAAGAAAUGAAGUACCUUUAAUCAUUCAUUGUAAACUUACUCAAAAAAACCUACACUUGGGUUUUUACUAGAAGUCAACUAGAAUGCCUAGAUGGUAUCUAGCCAACACAAAUUUUCUUCAUUGAUUUGAAAAGAUAUUUCAUUGGAAUUUGAUUUGAUCUAUUAUAUUAUUACUUCAGUUCUGCCUGAGUAGUGGAAUACAUGGUAAUGAGGUAUCACUUAUCCAAGUCCAUUGCUUAGAAGAAUGAUGGCUCCAGGACCUUAAAUUCCUUCUCAUGUUGGUUUUUCUGGGUGACUGAGCAAUGCUUUAUUUCCCUACAUCUAGCUUUCAUUCCUUUAACAAUAAUGGAUCAGAUUUCUUAUUCAGAAAAAAGCCAGAAGAUCAGGCUUAUGUUUAAAGAAAUGACAAAGUUGUGAGGAGCUAUGUGAGACUGGAAAAGUAAUGGAUGAAGCAGUCAUUACUAAUUCUGGAUAGCCAAGACUAAAUACGUAGUAGAGAGGAAAUGGUUACAGUGACCACAGGGAAGCCCACAAGAGAGCUACUGAAUAUUAUCUCUACCUACUUCUCCCCACACACACACACAUCUGGUAGAGGCAAAAGCCUUAACAUCAAAAAUUGUAGAAACAAUGAGGCUACCUACCAAUACGAGUCUGAGAGUUAUAUGUGCAAUAUCCAUUAUCCACAGCCUGGAGCUCUACAAGUUUAUUUCAAAAUGGGUUUCAAGGUCCCAGUGAUGCUUCAUUGAACUUUAAUUGUCCCCUUUCCCCUUCUAGGCCAACUGUUUCUCUAAUAUCCACUUCCCAUCUCUGUAUCUUUGUACAGACUGUCUCUCAUACUUGAACUAUUCCCCCCUCCACCCCUCUGCCUCUUGGAAACCCCUGUUUGUUUUAAGGCUCAAGUCAAAUGCCACAUUGUACAUGAGGCUUCCCUGGUUCUACCAGCUGCUAGAGCCUUCUCCCCAUAGAUUAUCCUGUAUUUGCUUUGUCUAUAUAUUUUUUUUCCAUUUAUCUGUGUAUAUAUUAUUUCCCACAGCUAGAAUGUAGCUGAAAAUGCUGAAGCAAUACUUUGCACUUUUGUACUUUUAGCCCCUAGUAUAAUGCCCCACUAAAUUGGAUGAGUGAAUAGAAGGAUGCUUUGGCAAAUGUCCAAUCCAAGAUCAAGAGAUUUGUAGUUGUUUUAACAAAGAGUCCUUGUUCAUUUAAAGACUUCCCCCACCUCUACACCCACUUUGAUAACCUACAGAGCAGAGUGCAGGAUUCAUCUUUUUUAAACCUGAUUUCUUUAACAGGGGGUAUCUUGUAGGAAACUUGAUAAAAGAGUUUAAAUAGGACUUUGCUAUAAUACUAAUGGUUUGAUCAUUUUGUAAAUACUCAAAACUGUUCUUAUCCUUGUGACUCCUAUGUAUUAUGUGUAUUGGGCAGUGUGGUUUAGUGGAUAGAGUUACUGGUCUUAGCAGAAAGACCUGGUUUAAGACCUCACCUCUCACCUAUGGGUUGUAACUCCUCCCUGUUCUGGGUUACUCUCUAAGUCUCUGAAAUGCAUAAAAGGUAAAGACCUGCAUGAGAGAGGAAGUGACCUCAUUUGGGAGUUCCUGUCCAUAUCCCCAUACAGUUCAUAUUUCUUCCCCAAGGCAAUUGUUACUACAGAUUUACUUCCAGAGAUACCAUUAAAAUAAAUCAUAUGCAGUUUCCCAAAGGGCUGUGGGGUUGGUGUGGGAGUUGGAGUUGGAGUCUAACCAAUACUUUUCUUCAUUAUCUCAACAUUUGAAGUAAGUGACUUGAGACAGAUGAGCUACUCAGUAGAAAAGGUAAGAAGAGUCUAAAUUAGAAGGUUGUCUUUUAUAAAAAAGGAAAAUAUACACAUACAACCUAGGUGUGUGUCUAUUAAAAAAAGCAUGUGCUGAGGGUAAGAUAUGGGAAUGAGACAAGCAGAGCCCAUAUAUGGUUUUAUCUGCCUGCAAUGAUGAAGCCUGGGUAGCUAGGUAGUGUGAUGGUAUGGAAAUAAGAAAAUGGAAAAGCCUGCAACAGAGAUACAAUAGCUGAGACUGCUGAGCUGUCACUCAAAAAGAGAAUAUUCUAUUUGGAAUGAUGUCCAGAAAAGAAAAACUGAAAACUUUGCUUUUGAGACAGAAGGAAGAAGGUGUCUCUUUAACCUUGAAGACAGAAAGGAGAAGGGGUCUCUAGGCUUUGGGGGCAUAAAGAAAGGACAAGUCCAGCUCUCUCUGAUUUCUCUGCUGUGUUAUAAUGAUUGAACUUCCAGAUCUGUUAAUCCAUUUCCCCAAUUUGAACUAUAUUCCACCAUCCUUCAAUCUAAGAACUAUUCUAGUAUUAGGGAAACCUCAGACCCUCUUUCCUUCCAUUUCCUUAUCUGUCCCUUCUUCCCUAAUAAACUCCUUACUUAAUCUUAGAGAAGAGAAAGAGUAUUUUAUUUGAGACAUCAUAAAACUCACCCUGAGUUGAUUUAGAGAGACCAACAGAAGAAUCAACUGGAAAGGGGAAGGAAGAAGGGAGGGUGAAGGGAGGAAGGGAGAUUGAUAGAUUUGAUCUUUAGUUAUCAUUUAUCAUUCAAACAAUCCCUUAUUACAAUUGGACAGUGGAGAACCAGUCCUCCUACUUAAUUGAAAUUUGACCUCAGACACUUACUAGAUGUGUGACUUAAUCACUUAACCCUGUUUGCCUCAGUUUCCUAAACUGUAAAAUGAGAAGGAGAAGGAAAUGGUAAACCACUCUAGUACCUUUGUCAAGAAAACCCCCAAAUCUCCAACAUUCUUCCCCCACAAACUGCACUGAGAGCCCCCAUAAGAAUCCUGCUGACUUGGAUCCCAGGGCCUUAGGCUGAAAUCACAAUAGAAUACCUUGAUAACAGGGUGGGAAGCACAGGUCCCUUCAACCUCCAUACCUUCACCUAUACCUUCAGCUUCUGCUGCCAGCUCAGGAAGAUCUGAACUCAGGGCUCAUUAAUAUUCCACUAGCUUAAUAUAGUCAAUCAGCAGAGCAGAGAAGAAGCUUCUUCAGGACCAAAUAGCCCAAAUGCACAAAUCCAGCAAGUAAUCAGAAGAGCAAGAUUACAGCCAAUGACAAGGGGCAAAGAAGGAAAAAAUAUGAGUAAACAACAGAAAAAGAAAAAAGAAAUUACAAUCAACAGCUCUAUCCAGGUAAUAAACAAAGAGUAAAUGGAACAGAGGAGGACCAAGGAACACCAAGCAAAAACACAGAAACUCCAGUAAAUUGGACUCAGGCUUUGGAAGAACUUAAAACACAAUUUUAAAAAGAGAGAGAGAGAGACUGCAGACAAUUAGGAAAAGAACUUAAAAAGCAAAUGCCAUCUGAAAACAGAGGCAUAUGAACUAAAACAAGAAAA